AUGCCUUCACUUCUCCCUCUCAGCCUGUAUUGCAUCAGCCUCCUGUUCCUCCAGCUUAACGCGCUCCCAGUGGGAAACAGGUUGGACUUCCAGCCAAUCUUGCAUCAGCUGAAAGAAGGAAGUACUGUUUUCCCAGAUUCUGAUUCAUCCUCUGAGCCAACUAAUGCACCAGCUGUAGCUUUGGACAGAACCUCUUUAUGGAGAGCCUUACUCUAUAAAAACCCACCUCCGUCAUCUCAGGAGUCAAAACGUGAUCUCAACCCAUUUGUCAGUUCUGUUGAGCGAGGAUCAGAGUCAAACCAAAGAAGCCCCAGAAAUCGCCGCAGUACCCACACUCGAGGUCAUCACCAGCAUGCCCAGUUGAUGCGUGUUGGGUGUGUCCUCAGCACGUGCCAGGUACAGAAGAUCAACCAUCGCUUCCACCAGCUGUUCGGCCAGACCGGACGGGAAGAAAAAGCCCCAGUAAACCCACAAAGCCCACAUAGUUAUGGAUGA